ACAUCAGGGACACGGCAGAAAUACUAUCCCGAACGAGUUCAGGCUAAGAGAAGGCUGGAGCUGGAAGCCGGUGACCCUCAGGACCUCCAGGAUGGUGGUGGGGCCGCCAAGAGGCCGGUGGCCUCUCUGUCCCACACUGGAGGAAAAGCUCCCGCCCCCAACCCCAUAGCAAACAAGUCCAUGUUCGAGAAGUCGCGCUAUGACACUUCGCUCGGUAUCUUGACGCAGAGGUUUGCGGAGCUGGUGAGGCGCUCUGCUGAUGGGGUGUUGGACCUAAACCUAGUCGCCAAGGAGCUCAAUGCCCCUAAGAGACGCGUGUACGACGUCACCAAUGUCCUGGAAGGAAUCCAUCUCAUCAAAAAGAAGUCUAAAAACCACGUCGAGUGGUUGGGCGGUCAAGAGAGCCUACACAGUGAUCAGGAGCUGAGGGCUCUCAUUGAGGAGGAGGAGAAGCUGGACGAGCUGAUCAAAAGCUGCACGCGGCAGGUUUACCAGAUUUGUGAGAACCAUUACAGUCAGAGAUUUGCCUAUUUGACUUACGAGGAUGUCCAAAGGAUUCCCAGCUUGAAAGAACAGACAGUGAUUGUGAUUAAAGCCCCUGCAGAGACAAAACUGGAGGUGCCACACCCAGAAGAGAGCCUCCAGGUCCACCUCAGCAGCACACAGGGGCCCAUUGAGGUGUUCCUCUGCUCUGAUGAACCCAUCCCUAUGGAAGUCACUGAUGGCUCUGUGGGCAAUGGCAGCCACUUAAACUCAUGCUCCAAUGGGAAUGGCUCUGUGUCCCUGUUGCCUUACUCAUCCUUUGUCCAGGUGUCUUCCAAAGACCAUGCUAAACCUAAUUCUGGAAUCAACAGUAUCUCCAACCCGCCGACACAACUCUCAUCACCGGCUUCCGUCUCCCCUGUCUCCCCCGGGCCCACCUCCUUGCACCCAGCCUCUGAAGAUCAGCAGAGCUUUGUCACACUCACUCCACCUCUGGCCUUCUCUCUUGAUGGAGAGGAGUACCUCCUGAGUCUGGCUGAGGAUGAGGGCAUUACUGACCUCUUCUCCUCUGUUGACCUGGACCACUUGCCCCUGGAUAUGCCCCUCUGAACAGCCGUUUUUGAAAUGCAUGAACUUUAGAAGCUGUGGCCAUCUUCCCACGAACAAGAUAUCAAGGGGGUUAUAGUAAAAGAACAAACUGCUCAUUUGAAUGUAAUUUUUCGUUUUUAUAUUUACGUUUUUCCUAACCUGGAGGAUGUGACUGGGAUUUACUGACACUCAGGUCUGUGGAGGAGGUUGUUUCCCAAAAGCAUCACAUUGGAGUGUUCUUGCAAUAGCUUUGGAUAUGGAGAGACCAAGUGAGAUCUUUUUAUGUCUUCCUUAUUGUCUUUAGGACAUGCACUUUGUUUCAGACCUUUGAUCUAUUGCAUUUCUGUGUUCUUCCUAAGUGUCCUUCUCAAGUCUCAACACAGGACUUAUUCUUGACCCUUAAUGUCAUGACAUCCCGUAGUGAUGGUCUGGAAAGAUGUCAUGGGUGACAUUUUGUAUCAUGAUUACAAAGGAGCCUUUACAACAAAGCCUGAUGAUUUAGCACCUAUUAGUGUGAAGAGGUGUUGAUUAAAAGCAUUAAAAAUGCAAACAACUGAUGUCUUGUGUUGGCUCUGCUACGAGGGAUGCACCUACCCAACUGUUUGUUGCCUGAUACCAGUUCCAAACCCUAAACUAUAUGCUCACAGUCCCGGUCGGUGAUUUUUUUUUUUUGCAAGUAUAAAAUCUGUAUCUCACCUCACUGUGGAAUUCCCUGGGACAAUUUGGCCAGGGAUUAUUGUGGUACUUAAAACUGAGUUGGCAGCCUGCCAUGACUGAAUGAACUGACAUUGGAUACACUGAAUAUUAAACCACUGUAAAAUUCCAUAUCCAUUGGUCACUUCAAGACUGAUACCUGAUCCAUUUAUUCAGGUCAUUAUCAGGCCAAUAUCAACCCCAGUGUAUCGUCUCUGUGUGAAUCGAGUUUUGGCUUCAUAGUUUCCUCUUUAAUAGAGUUCCCCAAAGUUUGACCUUUAACCUUUUCGUAAAUUGCUUGGUUAUUGGAGGUGGUUUGUCUAGUUGUUAAUUAGUAGAGAUAAAUGUAACGUGUAACAACCUGUGUCGGCCGUUGACAGCCUUCUGAUUGCAAACAUUGCAAACACUGCAAACUUACAUCCUCCAUGGAGCAUCUCAAAUGAGUGCAGUAGACUCGGAGCUCCCAGAAGUCAGUAUUUAUAAAAACUAACUUCUGUGGAGGAUAAGAUUAUCUUUGAAUUAAUAGCAAUGACUUUAUUUCUCUAACUCAUUUGUUUUUUAAUUUUACUCUCAAAACCAAAUAUGGACAGCAUCAGACCAUAAAUACCAGUCUUAUGGUUAAGGAUGUCGGCCAUUUUUGCUCUUAACAAUCCACUACGAGGCAAUGAACAACAUCUUUUGUUAAAGUUUUUUUGGACCAGUCGGGAGUAACUUAAAACGUAACGUUAAAAUGAUUACGUAAAGUCCAUGAGCAUUCUUAAAAUUGUGACACUAAGCUAAUCUAGACUAAAAACACUCUGUUCAGAGCUUCAUGUCCUAGAUGUUCCUUUUUUAUAUUCAAUUAGCUGUCAGAUUAUUCCUUACUUGGUAAACCACUUGUUAUACUAUACACCAGAUUUGUGCUACCCAGAAGACCUUUAGGGCUAAAUGGCUUUUAUGUGUUGAAGCUCAAAGGGUCAGUUCUAGGUCCAAAGUCAAUACUAUCAAUCGAAGUGAAAUGAAUGGAGACAUGCCUGAUUACAUGAGCUCAUGUUCACCAGUUUAAAAUGCAUUCUGAAGUAAAUCUUUCAUUGUUUUUAAACAACUGCCCAUAUUAUACAUAAACUAUACACUUUACAAAUUAAUAAAACAGUUCAAUUCAGUUUUAAUGGCAAUAAUGAAGUUCAAAGCUUGGUCCGUUUAUAUUGAAGUUGCAGUUCAAGCCUUUGUGUAUUUCCUGAAUGCCAUGAAGCUAGAUUUUCCACUACUCUCACAUUGCAGUGUUAAUGUAGUAUUUUACCAUGCUACACUGACCUGAAGAUUAAAAUACGGAAUUAUGACUUGUUGAUUGAAAUACUUCAUCAGUCAUCAUUCACCCCCUCCUCAUCUCCUUGAAAUACAGAUACCCUCUACAUUAAGCUCUUUGUUUUCUUCAGUCUACUAUUGAGGUCACAGUUGUGAGUUUGAUAAGUUAAUGUAGCAUGAUAGAGAUAGGGUAGAAGUGUCCUGUGUUAAAUUGGGACAAACUGCUAUCAAAAAUUAGGAAAUGACUUACUUGGUCUGGCAAGCAGAGUGGAUAAUAAAUGAAUCCUCCAAGCAAAGGAAAUGUUUCAUUAACUAGCAAAUGUUUUAUAUAUUGUAUAAGUGGUUCAUUUUGUUGGAACUAGUCGAUUGAUUUACAUCCAUUGGCAUGGAAAAAUAUUGCCAUUACGAUGUCAUUAGAGUCAUUAGAGUAGCUGGAAACAUUGUUCAGUUAGUUGUUAAAUAAGUCAUAUCCUAAAUGAGGUUUUGAUAACAAUGGUGACAGGUUCUACAUGUUGGAAAAGAUGUAUUAACAUUAACUAUAUGUUUACCUGCUUAUAGCAAUGUUAAAUUAAUUGAAAAUGUGAUUUCAUUUGGGUAAUCCAGUGGAUUAUGAUGAAUUUAUUUCAAGUCAA